AUGCUACCAUUCAAGUCGUUGAUUCUGCUGGCCGCAUCGAUACCUCUGAAUACCAUCCUCGCUGCCGAGUUAGUGCCACUUCGUCAGGAUGGCUUUGGAAAGAAUCGCAAACGGCAAGAUAUAGGUGGAUUAGACCUCAAGACGCAGGAGAGUUUCAUUUGGGGAAGUCCUGAUGCAAGUAAUGCUGUCGCAAACCUUACGAUAUACAUGCAAGGGGAAAAUGAGAACCUUCUGUCAAUGGAGGCCUUUGAUGGAAUGCUUACGAGUGUCCAUUGCAGUGCAGAUCUGAUUUCCAUGACGUUUUCAGACGACAGCACAUUCGCACAUGCCCAGCGAGUUUGGGACUGGGUCAAUGGAGCCGAAAACAACAGUUUCGUCAUGAUCGCUGGCGUAGGUGACUGCGGAAAUAAUACCCGUCGCAUACCAUACAUCGUCUCAACCGUUACUUAUGAUGAAGGAGCCAACGAAGCGAAACUAGCCGUGGCGCGUACGACAUGGUCCGGAUUCGCCCACAGCUACGACCUCACUGUCCGCCACCUCGCGGAAACUUCGGUGUUUGAUUCAAUGCGGGUUCGCGAUAUUGGGAAGACGGCUUCUAUUGACUUCACGCAUGCGUUCCCAUUUAGCUUCGCCAUAGGUGCCCAGGGACUGCAGGCGAGGUUGACAUGUGCGAACUGCAGUUCAACAGGCUCAUUCGAGAUGGAGUUUAAGGUCUCACAGAGGCUGUUCAUUCCCACAGAUGCCAGCAUAAAAAUAGGCCAAAAGCGGUUUCUGCGACAGCUCAAAUCAAGCUGUCGGAUUGUCGAAAUCCCUCUCAGCGGAAUCAAAGUCCCGGGCAUCCUCGAUCUUGGUCCCUUCCUGUCAGUGAGCGCCGGAGCGGAACUAUCAGCUAUCACACUGAGCGCUGGGGUUCAGAGCGGCGCAACAGCGGUCCUCGAAGAUGCGGCGAUACUGGAGGUUGACCUUCUCAAUCCAGAGCAGAACAAGUUCUCUGGAUGGGAACCUCACAUCGACUUUGCGGACGUCAGAGUCGAUGCGUCCAUUUCCGGAGGCGUCGCGGUGUUUCUCAAGCCGGCGAUCGAAUUGCAAGCGGAGGUCUUGGGCAGAGGUUUCGCCAUUGGACUGAACAUGAAAUUACCAAACAUAAACGCGAAACUGGAGACAAUUGCCUCUCCACAAGGCGCCUGUCCAGCCGCAGCUCUGCCUGAGGGCGUUGAAAAUGCAGAAGGCGGCGUCAGGAUCAGCACAAAUGUCGGUGGAUCUCUGAACCUUGCGGCAAAGAAAUCUUCGGACGAUGAUCCAAUAUUUACUGUUCAGCUCGCGGCGCUCGAUCGGCCCAUUGCCCAAACGUGUUUUCCUUUGCACAAAGCUGUUGUGCCGUAA